AUGAGCAUUUCCGAGGUGUUGAUUUCGUCCCAGUAUUUCGACUUCUCUUGCUCAGCAAUCUACGGGCUGUACGUGCUCGUAGUUUACCAUUUGCCCAACGCCAAGUACAUUUUCCCGUUUAUCGGCCUCACUCGCGACGCAUUCUGGACAUGCAUCACAUUCUACGGCAUCUUCGCUGCCGUGGCCGCGUUCGUCCAGCUCUGCUUCUUCACUCUGGUUCACAGGAGAUUCGGCUUCUCCACGCUAUACCAGCUCGCGUUCGUGCUGGAGAAGUACUGGAUGAGCAUGCAGGGCAAACUCAUCGGCUGCAUGACCUUCAUCUUCAUCCUCCACACCGUGCACCAAGGUACGUCGUCUCCUUCACGCAAUCGCUUCGACUCGCUUGGCUCUAACAGUCAGCUCUAA